UGAAACAAUAAUACGCAACAAUAAGAACCAAAUAGACUAAAAGUUUGUUUAUAAUCUAUUACUAAAGAAAAGGUACAGAAAUUUAAAUCUGCUUGUAAGUAAAAUGUGUAGUUGCCCAUUCAUUGCAAAAUUAAUUCCAUGGGAUUUAUUAAUGGAAAAUGUACAGAAUUAUUUACCCAUUGAAAUGAAAGUACAUUUAUCAACAAUAACAAUCAAGUUAAAAAACUUCAUUGAAAAUAAAAUAGAUCCAUCCACAAAAUGGAUAGAAAAUUCGUUAAUUUUAGUUGAAGCUUGUUUGGACAAAACAUGGGAAACAUUAAAUUCAGGUUAUUGGCAAUUUGUACCAAUAGAAUAUCGAUACUGUUAUUCAUUGUGCGUUAUUUUAAAGGCAGUAUUAUUGGAAUUUCAAUGCGAGAUUAAUUCCAAAGAAGCCACAAAAAAGAUAACGCUAUUGAAAAAUGUUGUUCAACAAAUUGACAAAGGUAUUUUGUUAGGAGCUCCAUUUCCUAAUAUUUCUGACUUGUUACCACAGAUUGCUUCAAAACUAAAUCAUACUAUAGAAUCAUCUAAAACACUGAAUUUUGAAAAAUUGAAUAUCAAAUCUGGAGAUUUACAUGAUAGUGAAUUGUUAUCAAGAUUUACUGAAAUUAAACACUAUGAUGAACCCUCGAUGGAAUUAUUUUACAGAGAUAUGUUUAAGCCAAAAGUUCCAGCAAUAUUAACAGGUUGUAUUAAGCAUUGGAAAGCUUUAGAACGAUGGCAAGACUUGAGUUACUUGAGUAAAAUAGCCGGCAAUCGAAUGGUACCUAUUGAAAUUGGAUCACGUUAUACGGAUGAAGAUUGGACUCAACAACUUUCCACUUUCUCAGAAUUUUUGCAAAAAUAUAUAUUAACAAAAAAUGAUAAAGUUGGUUAUUUAGCUCAACAUCAGCUUUUUGAUCAGAUACCCGAAUUGAAAGAAGAUUUUAUGGUACCAGAAUAUUGCAAUUUUACAGAUGAUGAUGAUAAUAAUACUGUGGAGCCACCAGAUAUAAAUGCGUGGUUUGGACCUAUGGGGACUGUUUCACCCUUGCAUUUUGAUCCAAAAAAUAAUCUACUAUGUCAAGUAUUUGGGUAUAAAAGAGUCAUUUUAUAUCAUCCAGAUGAUUCAUCUAAUUUAUAUCCCUAUGAUACAAAGUUGCUUAACAACACUGCCCAAGUUGAUCCUUUGAAUCCAAAUGAGGAGAAAUGGCCUAAUUUUAGUAAAGCUAAGGGUUUAAUAGGUUAUUUAAAACCAGGAGAAGUACUUUAUAUUCCUCCAAAAUGGUGGCACCAUGUAACUGCUUUGACUCCAAGCUUUUCAAUCAGUUUUUGGUGGAAUUAAACAUUUAAAGGUAUAUUUAAUACUAAUAAGUACUGAAUAGUAAAGUACUGUGAAAUUAGAAAAAAGGAGAGAAAGACUUUGAUAAAUUGUAUAUAAUUUAAUAUAAUAUUGUACAAAAGGAAUUGUAA